AUGCCAGAACAUGAUGCUCUUAUUCUAUCAUUCUCACAUUUACCGGAUUUUCCGCGCGCUCCCGAUGCUCUCCAAACGCUGAAGAAGGUGGCCUCCUUGGUCAAGCCCAUCAUGCGAGUUAGAGGGUGGAAGGUGCGAGAGCUAGCUGAGUUUUAUCCAGAUCAAGCAAACCUCCUCGGUUUGAAUAUCAACAGAGGUCAAAGAAUCCUCGUCCGUUUACGUUAUCCCAAUGACCGAUCACUCUUCCUACCUAUAGAGCACGUAGUUGAUACGAUGCUUCACGAACUUUCACACAUUGUAUUUGGACCACACGAUGGCAACUUCCAUGCGCUAUGGAACCAACUUCGAGACGAACACGAGUCGCUUAUUCGAAAGGGAUAUACGGGUGAAGGAUUCUUAUCAGAUGGACAUCGCCUGGGAGGCGGCCGGAUACCUAUGCAUGAAGCUAGACGACUUGCUAGAGCAUCAGCUGAAAAGCGUCGCACCUUGACAAAGGGGUCAGGCCAGCGCCUUGGUGGCUCUGGACCCAGCAUCGGUUCAGAUAUCCGGCGAACCAUCGUGGGCGCAAUAGAGCGCAGAAACACCACGCUGCAGGGAUGCGGUAAUACGAAUCACAAUGAUAGGGAGAUUCAACAAAUCUCCGAGACAGCUACGAAGAACGGCUUCCGUACGCAGGCCGAAGAAGACGCGGCUAAUGAAGCUGCAAUUGCGCAAGCUCUCUGGGAACUGGUACAAGAAGAAGAGCGCCAACGGUACGGUGGUUACUUUAUUCCGCCAACUGCGCAAAACCCUACUGGUAACGGUGGAGGAUCCGUCAUGGGAGAUAACGAAAACAGGAGCAGUAGUGUUCCUCCGCCGAUCCCAGGACCAGGAACGAGACCUCCAUCGAUACCAAGGCCAGAGACUCGGCCACCAGUUGUGUCUGCGCCGGUGCCCCAACCAGCUCCGCAACGGGGCUGGACAUGCGGAGUCUGUACCCUCCAUAAUCCUUCAAGUUUUUUGUGCUGCGAUGCGUGCGGCACAGAACGAGGUCAGGAUCCUCAGCGUCAAGUGUGGACACCAAAUGCUGAAAAGCGCGAACGCGAACGCCAAAGGGCAUCAAUGGCCGCAACGACGAAGAGCACGACACAGCCUGCCACUAUCGAUCUCACAAGUAGCCCGCCCAGAGCCAGUAGCAGUAGAAAGCCUGGUAGCACCAAUCAACGCCCCGAGCCGGUGAAACCCCUAACCUGGCAAUGUUCGUAUUGUGGGACGAUGAUGGAAAGGCAGUGGUGGACAUGUUCGACGUGUGGAGUGAUGAAAGACAAUUCAGUCUGA